UUCAAGAUGGAUGGAAUCACGACCAGCGCGCAGAAAUCUACACAACAGUGAAUAAAGUCCCGGCUGUGAGGAGGAAAGAGCAUACUGACGACGGGCAGGUCAUGGAGAGCCUUGUGCAUUACAGCAACCCCUCCCACUCCCUCUCAGUCUUAGGGGUUCUGAAUGAGCAGCGUCUGCGUGGUCAGAUGUGCGAUGUAGUCCUGGUUGUGGCUGACCAGAGGUACCAGGCUCAUAAGAGUGUCCUGGCUGCCAGCAGUGAGUAUUUCCAGUCCCUCUUCACCCGGAUGGACACAGAAACCCUAAAAGUAGUAAAUCUGGACUUCUGUGAGCCUGAUGCCUUUGAGAUUGUUUUGAAUUACAUCUACUCCUCCUCACUUUUUGUGGACAAAGGCAGCCUGGCAGCUAUUCAAGAGCUGGGCUACAGUCUUGGAAUCCCUUUCCUCACAAACAUAGUGUCAACAAGGCCACAUGCAUCCUACUGUGUGUCCAGAAAAAGGCUGUCGUUCUCUGAAGGGGAAGAGAAUGAUGUCCAGACAAGAAGCGUCAUUGUGUGUCGGGUCAGGAAUGAGACGGCCCAUCCCGCUCGCUCAAAUUAUCCAAGGAAGACAUCAGAGAGAGCGUCGCCUCCACACUCAACACAAGAUUCAACUCAGUCUCCUUCAGAACACAUCUCAUUUGAGUCUGUCAGAAACAAUGAACCCACCAGCAGGAAAUCAUCAGAACAGGGCGAAGCUGCUGACAGGAAGUCCACCUAUCCAUACACCUCUAUAUUAAAAGGGAAUUCAUCACACAUCGCAGCUGUUAGGCCCCAGUUGACUUCCUCAGUGUCUUUCAGUGAUGCAGACGUGCAGCACAUCCGGCUGCAGUCUGCCAUCGACCAGGACACUAAGGAGGAAGAAGAGGAGCAGGAGCACCACUAUCAUACCAAAGUGUCCUUUCAAGGCCAGGCUAAUGAGCCAAGCCCGACCAUUGACCGGAGCGGGCCACUCAUAAAAAGCCUCCUCAGAAGAUCUUUAUCCAUGGACAGCCCUGUUCCAGUCUUCUCGCCCACAUUGGAGCUCAAGGAUUUGCAAAACCGUGAACAGUCGGUUGUUAAAAUGGCAUCCAAAGCAUGUGGGCCGGAAACAUCUGCUCACAACGGCAACUCAAAAAGAGCAUCUCCCCUGGUUCUCAGGUCCAAGUACCCCAGCAGGUAUGACGAAGAAACUCAGGUAGAAAGAGAGCUCAGUGUGAAAGCUGAGCCCAGCAGUCCACUCGCAGACCCUAUGGACAUUGUUCGAAUCACAGUAGGAGAUGCGCUGCCUGUUAAUCUCAAAGACUUACAAGCAAAUUAUGAGCAAGGUUUAAGGCCAGAUUUCAAUUCUUUUGGGAAAAGAAGGGACCGUCCAGAUAACAGAAGGUACCCAUUCAAGAAGAGCAAAAUAUUCAAAGAACAUCCCCUGACUCUUGAUGAGAACUUGGCAGCACCUCAGAGUGACAGCGGCGACUUGAACGAGAACAAUGUAGAGCCUCCUCAGAACAAAAUCUUCAAAUGCUGGAACUGUUUAAAGGUUUUCAGGUCCAGUGCUGGCUUACAUCGGCAUGUAAAUAUGUAUCACAACCCUGAAAAGCCGUAUGCUUGCGACAUCUGCCACAAGCGCUUCCAUACCAACUUUAAAGUGUGGACUCACUGCCAAACUCAGCAUGGUGUGGUACAAAACCCAGCCUCAUCCUCCAGCUCCUCUGUACUGGAUGAGAAAUUUCAAAAGAAGCUGAUAGAUAUUGUAAGAGAGAGGGAAAUAAAGAAAGCUUUGCUCUGGAAGUUAAAGAGGAAUAAACAGGGUUUGCAGUCUCCCGCACUCGCCAAGAAGAGAUCGAGGCCCAACUAUAUCUGUCCUUACUGUGGGAAAGUAUUUGUGUUCCAGUCUCAGUACAGACAGCAUUUAAGGACACAUCCAGCUGAAAAAGCUGAACAGGACACGGCAAACGAGAGCAUCCUCUACCAGGAGCAGAAUGAGAUUAGUCAACAGAAGAACACAGAUGCUGGCAGUUACUCCUGUAGACUUUGUAACAUGAAGCUGUCUUCACUCUUUGAGCAGGGCGACCAUGAGAGGGGCUGUCGACAUGCAACGGUAUGUCCCUACUGUGGCCUCCGCUUCUCCAGUCCAACGGUCAAGAAGGACCACGAGACACAUUGUAAGUACAAGAAACUGACAUGCCUGGAGUGUAUGCGGACCUUCAAGUCAUCCUUCAGUAUAUGGCGUCACCAGGUAGAGGUCCACAACCAAAAUAUGAUGACUGUUAAAGACCAGAUUCACCUGCAGCAACAAGAGAACAACGAAGAGUCGCCUGAAAUGCUCAGAGAGGAUCCCUACCAAGACGAGCCUCUAGCGGCCAGGAGUUCAAGAGAGACAAUCGGCUACAGCGACUCCUCAGGUCCGCCCAUAUAUGACUCUGAAGAUUCGUCAUCUUAUGUGCCUGAGGAUCUAAGCAUGGGCCACCACGGCAAGCUGGUUGUGAAGGAAGAACCGCUAGAAGAGGCUGUGAGUGAGAGGGAGAAUACAGAGGCUGCAAAACAGGGGCCUGAAGAGCCCGGUGUGUGGCCAUGCGAGAAAUGCGGGAAUCUUUUUAGCUCUCGCAAAGACCUGGAACGACACCAGGAGCUGCUCUGCCACAUCAAACCUUUCAUCUGUCACAUCUGCAACAAAGCCUUCAGGACCAACUUCCGCCUUUGGAGCCACUUUCAGUCCCACAUGUCGACUGCUAGCGAACCUGGAGCCAAAGAGAUCGACAGACAUCCCUCACCUCUGUCUCCAUCCCCUCCCACGACCCCUCAGAACCCUGAACGCCGCUCCCCACAGGCCUCUGUGCUCAAAUCCACCCAGACAGUGCCACCGGCUGCAGCAGUGGCUGAAGAAUCCAACAGCCCAGAGCCCUGUAGCUCAUCAGUAAACACGACGGUGAGGCCUGAACUCGAACGCCAACCCAGCAGCCACAGUCCCCUGUCAAGGUCAAACAGCAUGGAGAAUCCAGGAGGCCCUCAGGAAUCAGACACACUCUUUUACCAUGCUCCAUCUCUCUCUGCCCUGACGUUCAAGAGGCAGUACAUGUGCAAACUCUGCCACAGGACCUUCAAGACGGCCUUCAGUCUUUGGAGCCACGAGCAGAGUCACAGCCACAUGUAAGCAUCAGACAAGUAGUAGUUUCUCUGAAGAGACAAUGUUAUAGUAAACACACCUCAGCCUACAAAAGGAAGACUUUGAAUGUAUAGCUUAUUUGCUUGCCUCCAAUGUCAUAUAUUAAAGUGGCCAUGUUCAUUAGAGGUGUAAAUGUGAAUGUGCAAUCAAGUGCUAGAUUCCUCUGUGAGAUGAGAUGACUAUAAAUUGUUGAACUUUCCAAACAAGAUAUAAUCAGUGCUCUAUUUUCAAUCUCUGCUAGUCGUCUAAUUUUACUUAUAUAUGUUGAUAACAUGAGAAAACAAGGUGUAGAGUUGUGUCCUUAAUUUUUUUAGCUGUUCUACUCUGAACAAAAGUUGUUACAGUACUGAUACCAAAGGUUAGGGUUAGGCUUAGCUGUAGAGUUUGGCCUGAAUUGGUGAGGUCUUUAUGGGCACAGUCUGUAUGAGGCUGAUUUUUUUUUUUUUUUUUUUUUUAAUAAGAAGUUGUCUGUUGGCUUUAAGAAGGAAACAGGUUAUGCGUUAUUAAGGUCAUGGCUGACAUAGACAAGUUGUUGCUGUUUGUAAGGACACUUCGGUCCCACCUCAUCCCCACCUUAAUGUCUAAAUGUUAAGUCAGUUUGAGACAGCGUUAUUAGAAUAGCAACCAUCUUGAAUUUGCUUCAAAAGAUGGCUUCUGAAAUCAAUUAAAGGUGACAUCACUCAGACUUUGUCCAAUCCUUUGUUUCAUUACUUUCAAGGUAUAAAUAAUAAAAACAUUUAAGUUCAGGAGCCUGUGCCUGAUAGGUAAAUUAGUACUGGAACAUCUUUGUGUUUGAAAUAAAGGUUAAAGAAACUCGACACAACUUUAUUCAUUGUCUUCUCAGAGUGUAGGUAAAGUGCUUUAAAUUUUUGAGAGGUCGGUGGUGAAGUAACAAGUAGUGCUUUUGCUUUUGUAUCAAAUCUAUCUCUUGAUGUGAGUGACACCCCUUAAAGAUAAUAUUGGUGGCCUCAACCAUGUAUUCAAUAUGCACUUUGUGUAACAGUUUGAUUCUGUUAUAAGGGGACAAAUUACAAAAUGUUGGCCUCCAGAUGUAGAAAUUUUAAACCAGCCCAACAUUUCCUCUUUGAAUAAGCAUUCUUUUGCAUUUUUCUCUCAUAUUUGCCUUUUGUCAUUUUGUUUAAUUGUUAGGUCUGUUAAGAUCUUCAGGAUGAUUAUUACAAACUUAAAUCGCACAUUGUUAUCAAACAUCUCAGACACCUGUUGUUUCAGGUAUUGUAUUUUAUUUUUUAGCCUUGUUAAUUUGCUUCAUGCAGAACUUAUUAUUUUAUUUGCUUAUUACUAAGCCAAUUAUUCAUCUUGUUUGUACAUAUAAAUCAAUGAGGCAGUGCAAUGAUUGGCCAUGAGAUACGAAGAAGUUGUUUCGUUGACAGUUAAAGAAAAAUGUGUUCAAGGUGCACUCACCAGAUAAGGAGUGAUAUUUGGGAAAUUGACUCUUUGUCAAGCUCAGCCCUUCUAGGUUAUUGUUUCUAGGUUAGACAAAGUAUCAUCACUGGACUCCUCCCUUUGAAACAACUGCAAACAACCCACAAUUUGGCUAAAUUCAGUUUAUUUUUGAUUGAUUUGAUUCUUCUAUAAAGAAAGUUCCUUAGUCUAUUUUUGAUUUAAGCUCCUGUUUUCAUUGUCAACUUUCCACUUCAGGCUCUUUUAGUGCAAUUUUCCAGCCUGAGAAUGAAAAAUUUAAAAAGUUUUUCACCAAUCACAGCAGCAUAUUAGCAUCAGACUUGGUGAACUCAGACAAAAUAUCCCAAUCACCUCCUUGUGGCUGGCUGCAGUAUAGGUGAUAGGGACUGAUUUCAGUGCUAAAACUAUUAGAUGCAUACAUUUUUAAAGAAAUAAAAAUAUCUAAUAAUACGUUAAUUAGUCCAAAAUAUUUGUUCCAUUUACUUUACUAGAAAACCUGACCCCUAGUAUCUACAAAGAAUUUAGGCUGUAUGAGAAUAAUAUGAAAUCUUUGAAAAAUUGUUAAUGGUUUAAAAUAUUUCUGGUGUCUAAUGCUACUGAUGUUGACUAACAUUUGUAGUCCUCCCACAGCACAUCAACAAAAUGCUUUUUUUGCAAACAAAAAAAGAAAUAAAUGCAAUUCAUGUAACACUCUGAUCAUGCUUACAAGUUCAGCUUUAACAUGAAGUUGGAAAUGAAUAUUAAUGCUGGUUAGCUAAUGCUACAGAAUAGUAACAUCAGCAUUACAUUAUGCUAUCAUUACUAACAAUAUAGCAUUAAUAACUUUGCUAAAAAGUAACAUUUUAGGUACUUAAUCAUUACCGUAACACAUUGUCAGUAUUAAAGAUGUUUCCUCUUACCUUCCUGCAUACAGUAUGUAUGUUCUUUGUGAUUAUCUGUUGUCAGUAUGGUCAACCACAGAGUUAAAUCCAAACUAUGAUGAAGUAACCAAAUUAAAGUCUCACUUUCAUCAUGAUUCAUUGUUGAGCAGGCAUCAUCAACUAUUUUGGGUUCAGCUUUUCCUUGACAGACACUUUCUUUGGGAGACAGAUUUUCAAUUAAUUUUGGUCUAAGUAACAUAUUUUUGUUUAAAUAAUUUAAUUUCCUUUCAAAUAUACAUUUUUUUUAUCCUUUACCAGUGAGAUCAGUCCUAACUGACAGUACUACAGCCAGCUACUAGGUGCCAAUUGCGAUAGCUUGUACUAACAUGUUUUCCAUCACUUGAUUUGAUGCAAGUAUACUAAAUUCUAAAUAGUGAAGAACACAAACAGGAAACGCCUUUUUUUAGUGAUCCUGAAUGGCCCCUGGGCUGCCAGUUGAUGAUCACUUCUGUAAAGAGUUCAUGUAGAUGCAAGUUUAACUGGAAGUAGCCCAACAGCAACAGCUGCUCUGAGAGGGGUCUCUCUGAUUUGUUGGGUUAGCAGGGUGAUAAAAAGAGCCAACAAAGGGUCAGUUUCAGCUAGAAAUAUAACUGGCUUGAUCUGAUAUCAACCUGAAUAAAAUAUUUGACUUUUUACUGCAGAUUAAUAACAAAUUUUCACAGCAGAGGAAGUUUUUUAAGCACACUGCAGCAAAGUUUUUGCUAUAAUCUAUGGUAAAAUUAGAACAACCAUUAUGCAAAAAUUAAAAUAAUUUGUGCAAAUUUAAAGUUAGUAUGCCAGCCAACCCAGUGCAGCACCAGUGUUAUGUACUCUCAUAUAUAUUCUGAUAGAUUUGUGCAGUUAAACACAUAGUAAUGUACCAAGCUUUACAAUGCUUUGAUGGCCUUAUGCAACAUGAAAUAUACUUUGUCUCUCUGAUUUCACAUAAAGCACAAUAAAGUUUCAGAUGACUCAGGCUAAUCAAAGACGAAGUAAAGAGAGAGAGGAGGCGUGAGGGAGCAAACCUUUUAUUCUACAAAUGAACAGUGUGUCCCUGCUUCCUGAAUUAAUAUAAAGAAUGUGUUUUGAUUGUAUCCCAGCUGUUUCACAAUUGUAUUCUUGUACAAAUAUUUACUUCUGCUUUGGCUAGAUGGAUUAGAACUUGUCAUAAAUUAUUACGAUUGUGAUGUAUUUUGGAGAUGCUGCAUUCAAAGAGUGCUCCACACAAACUUUGGGAAUUUGUUUUUCCUCUCGACGAGCGACGUGAGCUGCAUUGUGACGUUUAAUUCAUUGGAGAACUUCUGUAUUGAUGAUAGUGCUCUUAAUUUCUUGUGAUAACAACUUGCUGAAAGUUUCACAGAAACGAUUAGAAUUGUGUAUAUGGAAGUGUUUGUAUCUUCAAUUUUGUACCAAUUUUGUUAGAAAACAAGAGUUUAUCUUUUUAGUAUUCUGUGCUCUCACUGCAAUAAUGAAUAUUUGUAUCUGCAUCGGUUGCUUUAUUGUUGCUUUUGGAGACUUGCAGCUGUUUUGUGUUUAGGUUUUUCUACAGUUUUUGUGCUUAAUUUCUGUAAUAAAGAGUAACA